AUGGCCGAGGGGUACGCGAAGUGGACGCAGCAGCAGCUGAUUGCGCGCAUCCACGAGCUGGAGCAGGCCGCACAAAUACCACCCGCCGCAGCCGUCCCACCACAGGAUGACGGGUUGCCAGUGCCGUUUCGCAAGCCGGCCAAGGCGCCCCCGAAGGCGUUUGAUGCGUCCAAGUACAGCACGCGGCUGAUUGCGCUGAAGUUUGCGUACCUGGGCCAGAAGUACAACGGCUUCGAGCACCACAACAACAACAAGACACCGCUGCCGACAAUUGAAGAGGAGCUGUGGAAGGCACUGAUCAAGACGCGCGUCAUCAGCCCGACCGUGCCCGAGGGCAGCGACACGGACUACAGCAGAGUCGACCGCAAGACGUUUGCCGCCUGGGACCGCGAUGGCGCUGAUAUCAAUUGGGACGGCUGCGAGUACUCCAAGUGCGGCCGCACUGAUCGCGGCGUCAGCGCCUUUGGCCAGGUCAUCGGCAUCCGCGUGCGCAGCAACCGCCCGCUGCCCAAGCCCGCGCCUGUGGAAGAGGGCAGCGCAGAUGAAGAAGCGUCAGACCGGGAGCCCGAGCCAGAGAAGAAGCCCUUCGACGACCUGACAGAUGAACUGCCGUACAUCCAGCUCCUCAACCGCGUCCUGCCCCCCGACAUCCGCGUCUACGCAUGGUGCCCGAACCCGCCCGCCGACUUCAGCGCGCGCUUCUCCUGCAAAGAGCGCCGCUACAAGUACUUCUUCACGAACCCCUGCUUCGCCCCCGUGCCCGGCGCUCCCGGCCUCUAUAACCCCGCGUCCGGAGAUGCGCCAAUGCGCGAGGGCUGGCUGGACACCAAGGCCAUGCAGGAGGGCUGCGACCGGCUGACGGGCCUGCACGACUUCCGCAACUUCUGCAAGAUCGACGCCUCGAAGCAGCUCACCAACUUCAAGCGCCGCAUAUUCCACGCCUCCAUCGACGAGGUCUCGCCGCUGUCCAUCCCGUCGUUCCUGCACCACGACGCGCUCACAUCACCAUCCGCCGCCGACCAGCCUAAGAUGUACGCCUUCACCCUCCACGGCUCCGCCUUCCUCUGGCACCAGGUCCGCUCCAUCAUCAGCAUCCUGUUUCUGAUCGGCCAAGGCCUCGAGAGUCCUAGCCUGGUCACCGAACUGCUGGACAUGGACAAGAACCCCACGCGCCCCAAGUACGAAAUGGCCUCGGACGCCCCGCUGGUCCUGUGGGACUGCAUCUUCCCGCACGCCGCCGAAGUGCAGUCCAGCGACGAGCGCGAGCACGGCUACGAGGACCGCUUGCAGUGGGUCUACGUCGGCGACGCGGGCGGCGUCGAGCCUAAGAGCGGCAAGACAUCGUCAUCCAUGGGCCGCGGUAAGUGGGGCCGCGGCGGCGUCGUUGACGAUGUGUGGGAGGUAUGGCGCGGCAACAAGGUCGACGAGACGCUGUCUGGGUUGUUACUCGACAGAAUCGCGGGCCUAGGCGAUAGCACGCUGGACAAGGAGGCGUCUGGUGAACAGACCGUUGGUAUUGUAAAGGGCGGGCCGCGCGUGUUUGACGGAGGAAACUUCGCCCGCGCGAAGGGGAACUAUAUACCCGUGAUGCAGCGCGAGCGCCAGGAGCCGGUCGAGCUCGUGAAUGCGCGGUACGCACAGAGAAAAGGCCUCGACCCCAACCGCUACAAGACCGCGCGCGACGACGACGCAGGCGAGUAG